UUUGAGGGGAGAGUUGGAGAGGGAUCAGGGAACAAAGAGGGUCCUGCCAUAUAUGUAGCCAGCUCUGAGCAUUGGUAUCAAGGAACACCCUGCACAGCUGACUCUCUUGUGACCUUUUCCCCACAUUUGGCUAUUUUUAGCACUAAUGCCACCAUGCUCACGUGAGACCUUUGCCGCACACAUCCCCUUCUGCCUAGGCUCCCAGACCUCUGAGCAACCUUCAGAUCAUAGGAACCUUGCCCACCUCUUGAUUCCCACUGGAGAAAGAAGGGGUUCCGGUUUCCGCCCCACUUCUGUUUUCUCCAACCCAAUUUGGGAGUGGGUGUCAGGUUCUCAGUGAAGGCGGGGCUGGGCUGGGCGGGGCAGGGGUGGCCAGGCCUGAAGGACGCGGGGACAUGAGCCAGACUGACCAAAAGCAUAAACUGACUGGAACCAACUCUAACUCUCCGGGAGCUUUGAAGAUACCGACCCCCUUCCAAACCCUGCACCAUUGUGACUAGGCCGGUCAGGAACCCCACGAGGGCUCAACAGCGGCGGUGCGGACCUACCCACAGGAUGGCGGAAGCACACCAGGCGGUGGCCUUCCAGUUCACUGUGACCCCAGAUGGGGUCGACUUCCGGCUCAGUCGGGAGGCUCUGAAACACAUCUACCUGUCAGGAAUCAACUCCUGGAAGAAACGCUUGAUUCGCAUCAAGAAUGGCAUCCUUAGGGGUGUGUACCCUGGCAGCCCUACCAGCUGGCUGGUCGUCGUCAUGGCAACAGUGGGCUCCUCCUACUGCAAAGUAGACAUCUCCAUGGGGUUGGUCCAUUGUAUCCAGAAAUGCCUCCCUGAGAGGUAUGGCCCCUACCAGACCCCACAGACCCAGGCACUUCUCAGCAUGGCCAUCUUCUCCACGGGGGUCUGGGUGACAAGCAUCUUCUUAUUCCGACAAACCCUGAAGCUGCUCCUUUCCUACCACGGGUGGAUGUUUGAGAUGCACAACAAGACUAGCCACGUCACCAAGAUCUGGGCUAUCUGUGUCCGCCUUCUGUCCAGCCGGCGCCCCAUGCUCUACAGCUUCCAAACAUCUUUGCCCAAGCUUCCUGUCCCCAGUGUGCCAGCCACAGUUCAGCGGUACCUGGAAUCUGUACGGCCCUUGUUGAAUGAUGAAGAAUUUUACCGCAUGGAGACACUGGCCAAAGAAUUCCAAGACAAGAUUGCCCCCAGACUACAGAAAUACCUGGUCCUCAAGUCAUGGUGGGCAACUAACUAUGUAAGUGACUGGUGGGAAGAGUACAUCUAUCUCCGAGGCAGGAGCCCCCUCAUGGUGAAUAGCAACUUUUAUGCCAUGGACUUUGUGCUUGUCAAAAACACAGAUGUACAAGCAGCCCGUCUGGGAAAUGUUGUCCAUGCCAUGAUCAUGUAUCGCCGCAAACUAGAUCGUGAAGAGAUCAAGCCUAUGAUGGCACUGGGCAUUGUCCCCAUGUGCUCCUACCAGAUGGAAAGAAUGUUCAACACCACACGCAUCCCAGGCAAAGAGACAGAUGUGCUACAGCACCUUUCAGACAGCAGGCAUGUGGCUGUCUACCACAAAGGACGCUUCUUUAAGCUCUGGCUCUAUGAGGGUUCUCGCCUGCUCAAGCCUCGGGACUUAGAGAUGCAGUUCCAGAGGAUCCUGGAUGACACUUCCCUGCCUCAGCCUGGAGAAGAGAGACUGGCAGCACUCACUGCAGGAGGAAGGGUGGAGUGGGCACAGGCACGUCAGGCCUUCUUCAGCUCUGGCAAAAACAAGGCAGCACUGGAGAGCAUUGAACGUGCUGCUUUCUUUGUGGCCCUGGAUGAGGAGUCCCAUGGCUACAAUCCAGAUGAUGAGGCCAGCCUCAGUCUCUAUGGCAAGGCCUUGCUACAUGGCAACUGUUAUAACAGGUGGUUCGACAAAUCUUUCACUCUUAUUUCCUUCAAGAAUGGCCGAUUGGGCCUCAACACAGAACAUGCAUGGGCAGAUGCCCCCAUCAUUGGACACCUCUGGGAGUUUGUCUUGGGCACUGAUACCUUUCACCUGGGCUACUCAGAUACUGGGCACUGUGUGGGUGAACCAAACACUAUGCUGGCACCUCCUCAGCGACUGCAGUGGGACAUUCCUGAGCAGUGCCAGGCAGUCAUUGAGAGUUCCUACAAGGUGGCCAAGGCACUUGCAGAUGAUGUGGAGUUGUACUGCUUUCAGUUCCUGCCCUUUGGCAAAGGCCUCAUCAAAAAGUGUCGGACCAGCCCUGAUGCCUUUGUGCAAAUUGCUUUGCAGCUGGCUCACUUCCGGGACAGAGGCAAGUUCUGCCUGACCUAUGAGGCCUCAAUGACCAGAAUGUUUCGGGAGGGACGGACUGAAACUGUACGUUCUUGUACCAAUGAGUCCACAGCUUUUGUGCAGGCCAUGGUGAAGGGAUUCCACAUGAAAGAAGAACUCCAAGAUCUCUUCCGGAAAGCUUCUGAGAAGCACCAAAACAUGUACCGCCUGGCCAUGACAGGGGCUGGCAUCGACAGACACCUCUUUUGCCUUUACGUGGUCUCUAAGUACCUAGGAGUCAAAUCCCCUUUCCUGGAUGAGGUGCUCUCAGAACCCUGGCGCCUCUCCACCAGCCAGAUCCCUCAAACUCAGAUUCGCAUGUUUGAUCCAAACAAGUACCCCAAUCACCUGGGUGCUGGAGGUGGCUUUGGUCCUGUGGCAGAUGAUGGCUAUGGGGUUUCCUACAUGAUUGCAGGUGAAAACACUAUCUUCUUCCAUGUCUCCAGCAAAUUCUCAAGUUCAGAGACGAAUGCCCAGCGUUUUGGGAACCACAUCCACCAAGCCCUGUUGGACAUCGCUGAUCUUUUCAAAAUUCUCAAGACUGACAGCUGAGGGCUGGAGAAAUGCCAGCUGCCCUUUUGACCCCACGUUGUGGAGGAAGGGGCCCAUGGCCAGCUCACAGACACAAGGGGUGGCCAUGCACAGGUGCCCAGUUCUGAGGACAGCUCUGGCAGCAGGUGUUCCCCAGGCAGAUACUGCUCCUUUUGUGCCCAGGUGGAGGUGGGAUUGGAACAGGGAGGGAAUUUUGAUUUUUUUCUUGGUAAAUACUAAUAAAAAUAAGGCUAUAUAAUUCUCCUGGCCUUAGGUGCCUAUGUUUUGUUUGGAAACUAGAAGGCCUUUUUACUUUCCCAGCUCAGGCCAGAAAUAUGUCAAAGGAAGGCCAGAGCUAGGUGAAUGUUCAUGAGGGACUUGUGACCUGCUUUGAAAUAUGUAUCUUUUCUGAGCGGUACAGGCUCCAAGAUUGCUGCAGCCCCCCCAAAUUCCUGUAUACAUACUCCUAUGUACUUGGAAUAAAUUCUUGCUUUAGAACCUUUA